CUCCCCGUUGCCAUAGCGACAACGACGCCGCCGCCAUGGCCGGUCCGGCGCCGCUGCUGCCCGCCGAGGCCGAGGCGCUGGUGCGGGCGUUGCAGGGCACCGAGCUGCGGGACGCCGGCGGGCAGGGAUGGCUUCAGCAGCACGAGUGUGUGGAGAAGCUCAAUAUGCAUGCCAUCCUGAGCGCUUCCGCGGGCCAGGAGCAGCUCCUCACCGAGCUGCUGGUCAGCUACGCCAAGAUUCCUGUUCUCAUUGGGGAGCUGAUCUCUGUGGAGAUCUGGAAGCACAAGGUCUUUCCCGUGCUGUGCCGGCUGGAGGACUUCAAACCAAGAAGCACCUUCCCCAUCUACGUGGUGCUGCAUCAUGAAGCCUCCAUCAUUAACCUCUUGGAGACCGUGUUUUUUUACAAGGAGAUCUGCGAGUCAGCAGAAGACAGCAUUCUGGAUUUAAUUGAUUAUUGCCACCGAAAACUGACCUUGCUUGCAGCUCGGAGCGCCAGUGGACAGACAGCGACCCCAACGGAGCUUCGUCCUGAGGAUCUGGCCAGCCCCUCGUCCAUGCAGGAGCUGCGGAAGCAGGCGGAGACAAUGGACUUUGAGAUUUCCCUGAAAGCCCUGUCCGUGCUGCGGUUCAUCACCGAUCAGGUGGAGAGUCUGCCCCUGAGCGCGCUGACACGGAUGCUGAACACACACAACCUGCCCUGCCUCCUUGUCGAGCUGGUGGAGCAUUGCCCCUGGAGCUGCCAGGAAGCAGGCAAGCUCAAGAAGUUUGAGAACGGUGCCUGGCAUGUAGUGCCCCCUGAAGACCAGGUGAAGAUGACCAAACUCGAUGGGCAGGUGUGGCUUGCCCUCCUCAACCUCCUGCUCAGCCCUGAAUGCCAGCGCAAAUACCACUUUGAUGGCUUCAACAAGAGCCAGCUCCUCAAGCUCCGUGCAUUCCUGACGGACGUCCUCAUCGACCAGCUGCCCAACCUGGUGGAGCUGCAGAGAUUUCUGAGCCACCUCGCAGUGACAGAGCCAGCUCCCCCAAAAAAGGAUCUCGUCCUGGAGCAGGUUCCCGUCAUCUGGGACCACAUCCUGAAGAAAAAUGCAGGGAAGUGGGAGGCCAUCGCCAAACACCAGGUGAAGCGUGUCUUCAGCCCCACCGAGGAGGAGCUGAAGUUCCAGGCACGCAGGUGGGCACAGACCUACAGCCUGGACAUGAUGGAGGCUCUGGCCCCCAACAAGCCCCGCUGCGGGGCGUGCGGCACGGAGGCAGCCAAGCGGUGCUCUCGCUGCCGGAAUGAGUGGUACUGCACACGGGCAUGCCAGGUCCAGCACUGGCAGAAGCAUAAGGUUGCCUGCAACCUGAUGGCCGGGGAGCCGAGGAGAGCGGACGACCUGUAAAAGAAGUGGUGACUGGCAUCUGCCCCAUGGCAUGGGGAGGCAGAGGUGCCCCCUGUGUGCAGCCCAGCAACUGGUGAGGAGAAGCUAGCAAAGACCUCUUCCUCCUGUUCCCAAUCCCGAGCAGGGCUGGCCAGGCUCAGCCUCUCCUCUCCUCUCCACGCAGCCUUCUCCAAUAAACCUCCUUUAUG